GUAGUUGUACACAAGCUGAGAUUACAGAAUGGUGAUGUAAAGCAUGCAGGAGCUUUGGACAUUUGGAAACAAUAAUAUUUUGAUGAUGAGCAUGGCAAUGACUAUGUCAAUGAGGUAGAACUCAUUCAAUGAGCCAUUGGCAUUGGGAGGAUAGGAAGAAAGACCUUGUGACUAAACCUCUUCCAUCUUGACUUUCAUGGACAUAAUUAGUGAUCAUCUGUACGAGAUUUACUACAUUGUAUUAUAAAAUCUCCUGGCAGCACCAUGCAGCGUUCCGCGUUUUUGGCAGUUACGGUGUGUGCUCUACUAUCUGUAAGUGGCACUAGUCAAGUGCCUGUAGGCCACUUGCAGCCGCUAGGCUCUCAUCGACCAGCGGACAAGGAGAUAGACGCUUACGACGAAGUCAUCUCACCUGAAGAGUUCUGGGAGAAAUAUGCAUCGCAAAGAAAGCCGGUGGUGUUCCGCGGCGCCGGAAGACACUCGGCCGCCAUGGGACUGUGGACAGACGAGUACCUCAGUCGACAGUAUGGGAGACUGGAGGUGAAGCUUGAAGGCAAGAGAGAGAAGCUGGGCAAGAUGCCAGUCGGUGAAGUCGGUGUUGGCCGGGACACAAUAGAGAAUUUCUUGAAAACGUAUAAAAAUGAGGACAAGUAUAUCGUAUCACAGCUACCUGAACCGAUGUACACGCAGGUGUCUGUGCUGCCAUGCCUCCUGUGUGGUACGUUCAAGCGGCGGCUGCUCGAAGUGAACUUGUGGGUCAGCUCCGGUGGCAGCCGCAGUCUCCUACACCGAGAUGCCGACAAUGCCAUUAACUGCCUGCUGCACGGAAGAAAGGACUGGAUCAUGGUCGACCCGGCGUACGAUGACUUCGUUUCUAUGGCGGAGGAAAAUGAGGGAGCCUUGGGUGGCUUCUCUCUGGUCAAUGUGGACAAGGUCAACCUGGUACGACACCCCGACUUCAAGAAAGUUCACUGGACGUAUAGUAACUUAUCAGCUGGAGACUGCAUAUUCAUUCCUUAUGGUCAUUUCCAUCAGGUGCGUAGUUACGAGCGCAAUGUCGCUGUGUCAGUGCUAUUUGCUCGCCUGACUGAGUUCUCCUCGCAGCCGGACUGUCCCGACAAUGGCAGCUUGCCUGCCUGGGACCUGCUCAGUAAUCAGCACGUCGCCUGGUCGUAUCCUGGCCAUGGGGAGAUGUCCAUGGGGAACACAGAUCCAGAGCACAUAAGAGAGCUGCUUCUGCAUGCGUCGCAGGAAUCUGGAAAGGGGUAUAUCGACAAGCAGCUUUUCAUGGAAGAGUUGUGCUCGGCCAAAGAGCUUCCCAAGAGACCUCCUGGCCAGACCUAUGGGCCGGAUUUUGAGCAGUGUUGGACAUUAGUGGAUCCUGAUGAAGAUGGCAAGGUGACAGCGGAUGAGAUCAGCAGCAUGGCAGAUGCCACACUCAAGCAGCUGACCGUAUUCCUGGAACAGGACCCUGCCAACAUGCCCGACUAUGAAUACUAUAGCUUGAGUCACGAGGCUGUAAGAGCGUUCGUAGGAACAGUUCUGCGACGGAAAAAAUCAGUGUCGGAGAAGGACUUCAUCGCAGAAUACUCUUUGAGACUAGACGGAUCUGAAGUCUUUGGAAGAAAGUUGUUUGCCAGACUCGACAGUACGGGGCGUGGUUACUUGACCGAGGAGGACAUUCCAAGUAGCAGCAGCAACGUAUUUGAUGAGUACUACCGCGACUAUGGCAAGGAGGACAUGGCCAACAGACAGUUUGAGAAGGUUCUCCGGCCAGAGUUAGAGCCGGAAGAUAUUGAGGUACCCCAUAAUAUACCACGUGACGAAUCAGAACCAGAUGACGGUGAUGACGAUGAUGCUGAUGAUGACGACGGUGCGAGCCCUUUAGAGGAGGACAGUGAAGUGCGUUUUCAGUCAACAGCAUCGAGAACCGAACUAUAACGAGUCCUUCCUUGGAUGUGGUAGGAGAAUAUCACGGUGGCCCUCAAUGGACGACAGCAUGUGUUUGGUGAGCAGCUGAUGAUGUGCGUACAUGUAUACGGAUACUCCGAUUCCCCACUCGACGCGUGUCAGCGUUUUGGAGAUGUCUUGCCGGCGCCUGUAAAGAAAUCUCCCAAACCAGAUUUAACACUGCCACUUAAAAGUCAUUAUAAAAUGCUACCUGCGGUUUGGAAUACCGUUGCUAUUGUUAUAUCAAGGUAUCGUCAAGAUUAUCUACUUGGGAUCUAUUUCAGUACUUUGGUACCUCCCCGGUUCAAACAAAAAAAUUCUAUUGGGAUGUUGUACUACAAGUUCCGACAGUUCCCAGAUAAUGUGUACGACAUUCUAUUGUUUUGAAAGAAGAAUCUGAUGUGAUAUGGUGAAUCUUAUUGUUUUGACAGCCAUCAGAUGGUCACAAAUUUCAAUAAUAUUAUGCUAUCUCGUAUGUGCAUGUAUGUGCGUGCAUGUGUGUACACUGUAUAGAAAUCUGAGCGUAAUGUGCAUCUGUAGGAGUUGCAUUUUGAUAUAAAGUAAAUUUGUCAGAGGUGCCAAGUCACUCUCCCGGAUUUCCAGGUUGGAGAUCUCGCGGAUGUUUGAUGUUUUGAAGCCUAUCUCUAUCUCCCCGACACAUACGAUGUAAUACAGAUUACAGACCCAUAGCAUAGGAGGCUGCCAAACUCGCUGAGCCCCACGCUCCCUACUUAGUGUCCAGUGUGCCAUCAUACAUGCAUACCUGAGCCAUUAGACAUGUAUACCUGAGCCAUCAUACAUGUAUACCUGAGCUGUGCACCAUGCUCUCCUGUGCAUGGCUAAAGUGUCACCCGUGACUUGAUACUGGAGGUAUCUGACUUCCUGCUGGCAACCCAACCAUAGGUCUGGCCGGGAAGAACUUCUGGUCGUAGAACAAUUGAAGUAGAAUGCACAGGUCUGGUGGCAACUGAAAUCCAGCCUUGUGGGUAUAACAGUUGAGUGGGCUGCGUAGCCGAGCAAUAGGGCCGUGCAGUGAAUGAGAGUUUCCUGUACUCAUUACUCAUUGGGCUGGAUUUAAUUUACCGCCACCAUGUA